AUGACGACAUCGCCUGACAGCGACGCACGGGCGCGCCUGCGCGAAGCCGGCCUGCGGCCUACGCGCCAGCGCAUCGUCCUCGCCCGCCGACUCUUCAGCGGGCCGCACCGUCACGUCACGGCCGCGGAGCUUCAUGCAGAGGUGCUAAGGGAGGAGGCGGGGGUCUCCCUCGCCACGGUCUACAACACCCUUCAUCAGUUCACGAAGGCCGGCCUCUUGCGCGAGCUGGUGGUGGACGCAGGGCCCUCCUUCUUCGACACCAACACCGCGCAUCACCAGCAUUUCUUCCUGGAGGAGACCGGCCGCCUGGUCGAUGUGCCGGGCGAUCGCGUGUCGGUGAGCGUCCUGCCGCCGGCGCCGCCGGGGACCACGGUCUCGCGGAUCGACAUCAUCAUUCGCGUGACCGGCAGGGGGGCGGAGGACGGCGCGGCGGCGCCGGGCGACGCACGCACCCUGGAAUGAUUCCAAUCCGUUGACGGCGGCGGUGCGCUGC